CCCAAAUUUGAAAAUUUCCUAAAUUUUUUAAUUAUAAUAAAAGGUCCCACUUGUACAAAAUAGAUAUAAUUUUCCCUAGGGAAAACUAGGCUGUAUAGUACAUAUUCUUGCAUUAUAUACUCGCGUUAUAUCGCCGCGUCUAGUACCGACUUACGUUGUACAGUCUCGCGUUAUAUCGCCAUGCCUUGUACAGCACUGCAUUGUGUAGUCUCGCGUUAUAUCGCCAUGCGUAUAACCUUACAUUGUACAGUCUCGCGUUAUAUCGCCGCGUCUAGUAUAACGUUGUAUAGUCUCGCGUUAUAUCGCCAUGUCUUGUACAGCAUUACAUUGUGUAGUCUCGCGUUAUAUCGCCAUGCGUAUAACCUUACAUUGUACAGUCUCGCGUUAUAUCGCCGCGUCUAGUAUAAAACGUUACGUUGUAUAAUCUCGCGUUAUAUCGCCAUAUUUUGUACAGCAUUACAUUGUGUAGUCUCGCGUUAUAUCGCCGCGUUUGGUACAGCAUUACGUUGUAUAGUCUCGCGUUAUAUCGCCCCGCGUUAUAUAGCCACUCGUCUGAUACCUUGCAUUUUCUAAUCCAGUAUUGUACAGCUUCUUAAUUAAUAAUUUAUAUAACCUUCCGUUAUAUCGCCGCGCGUUGUACUACCACAAAUUGUACAUACUCCCUCGCGUUAUAUCAUCAUACGUCCUAUAAUCUAGCACCUACCUUAUAUUUUUCCUCAGUUCUCCAAAUUCUCCCCAUCAUCGUGAAUUGUAAUUAAAAACGCCAACGUUUGACAAGCGGAAAAGCGCGGUUCUUUCAAAUUAGUGACACAAAGGUAGUUCCUAUGCACGCGACGGCUCUGAGUAAAGUAGCCUGAAUGGUUUAGUAACGAUAGAAAUAAUAUAUAGUAGUAAUACCGUGUAAUCAUGGUUGGUCCGUAGGUAUGAUCCGCACGCAACACAGUUCAUAAACUUUUCGCAAUUAAGCGAUUUCAUAGCGAGCCUAGACCCACCAUUAGGAAUAUCGAAGCCCAACAUGGUUGCGUUGGUUAGCUUCAAUCUUCCUAUCGCUAAGGGUAAUAAGAUUCAUUGUCUGGACAUUCUGCACGCACUUGUCAAGCACGUUCUUGGACACGUCGAGGAGUCCGAGGAUUUCCGAAAAUUACAGGAACAGAUGGACAUCAAGUUCAAGAAACAAUUUCCUACUCGUAAAGAACUUGAAAUUGUUUCUUCAACGAGAAUGUGGAAACGUCAGGAUAAAGCUGCUACAUUGAUUCAACGUACUAUCAGAGAAUAUAUAGCGGCGAAAAAAGAACGUGAAAGGGUUGCCCAAGAGGUGGAUUCACAGACCCAAACGUCAAGUCCUGGUGUUGGGAAUGAGGGUAGGGGUGGGGGUGGAUGGAGUGGCAAAGUAUCGGCUUUUUUGCAUGUACAUAGAGGUAGCCGAGCCAGUAGCCGCAAGUCCUCGAGGGCCAGCGACGCCAGCGAUUUCAGCGAGCUCGGUGCCGCUUCGGCAUGGCUUUUUCCAAAUUUGCCUCUGCUGUUGCUCUCCGGCGCCACCGGUACUCAUGAGGACCUGCCUCCUCCUGCUCUGACCGUAUCCCGUCCCUCACCAACCACCGAACAGCAAUCAUUUGUCGGUUCCUCUAUUGCUAGUGCUACUUCCUCUGAUCUACACGCCAGAUCGAUCGCGGGACCGACCCUCGGCCGACAAGAUGCCGUUGAAAGUUAUCCCGACGAGGAAGUUCCAAGUCUUCCUACGAAGCGCAGAUCACUUCCACCGAGCGUUACAACGCUCUCUCUGAACACGUUACAUCGCGAUAUCAAAGAAGCAUUUAGCAGACGUUGCGGUAGCCUUCGAAAGAAACAUCAACCAGCUCCUGAACCAGCUCCGCUGCCAAUCGAAUCUACCGACGUAAGCAUACUUGUCACGGAACCCAGUCCAGAGAAUUCAGCGCCACCCUCGAGACCAGCACUCCUUAGACGACAAUCCGCCGCUACGGUUGUACACGUUCUCGUUCACAGAGAGAGCGAAGAAUAUCGUGACACGCAACCCGACAAUGCUAGUUGAUCUUAGA